UUGUGAGGCGUGGACAUGAUGAGCGCUGCGCUGAGGCUCAGCUGGGAAGCCACCCAGGCGCUGACGUCACGGGGCUCUGACAAGCUGGUGGUGCCGGAAGAAAAGAUGGCGGAUCAUGAGGAGCAGCUAUCCGACGAGGAAAAGGUACGCAUAGCAGCUAACUUUGUCAUCCAUGCCCCGCCAGGAGAGUUCAACGAAGUUUUCAAUGAUGUGCGAUUGCUGCUCAACAAUGACAAUCUUCUCAGGGAGGGUGCAGCGCAUGCUUUUGCACAGUACAACUUGGACCAGUUUACUCCGGUGAAAGUUGAGGGCUACGAGGAUCAGGUCUUAAUCACAGAGCAUGGUGACCUCGGGAACGGCCGGGUUCUGGACCCGAAGAAUAAGAUCUCCUUCAAGUUUGACCACCUGAGGAAGGAGGCCAGUGACCCGCGCCCUCAUGAUGUCGAGAGCUCCAUGGAAGGCUGGAGGAGCGCCGUGGACGCCGCUGUCAGGGCCUACGUCAAGGAGCACUAUCCCAACGGAGUGUGCACCGUUUAUGGGAAGACCAUCGACGGGCAUCAAACCAUCAUCGUGUGCAUCGAGUGCCAUCAGUUUCAACCCAAAAACUUCUGGAACGGACGCUGGAGGUCAGAGUGGAAGUUCACCGUCUCUCCCUCCACCACUCAAGUGGCAGGAAUCAUGAAAAUCCAGGUUCAUUACUAUGAGGAUGGGAAUGUUCAGCUGGUGAGCCACAAAGAGGUUCAGGAGUCCAUGUCGGUUUCUAACGAGGCGACAACUGCUAAGGAGUUUGUUAAGAUCAUGGAAGCUGCAGAGAAUGACUAUCAGACGGCCAUUAAUGAGAAUUACCAGACCAUGUCGGACACUACCUUCAAAGCCUUACGCCGCCAGCUUCCUGUGACACGCACCAAGAUCGAUUGGAACAAGAUCCUGAGCUACAAGAUCGGCAAGGAGAUGCAAAACGCUUAAGAAAAAACAUCAGAGAAGAAUACAGACAGAUGCCCCCCCCAACCGACCCCUCACCCCCUCCCAAACAAUGUUGCAUGACUGGAUAGUUGUAUCGUCUUUGUACAAAAAUUAGAGAAAACAGGGACAAAGAAGGGUUUGGUCUCGCAGCCAGAAGUUAAAUAUUAUAUGCAUACCUUUCUGUACAUGCACUGUAAACUCUGUAUAUUGGCUCCGCGAUGAGAAAAGUCAGUGUAUUUGGGAAAAUGAAAACCAAACCUAAAGGAAACAUUGGAAGACAUAGGAAAAAGAGUUCAUUACCACACGUGCAAUAUUUCCGAGUGAGACCACACCAUUAUUUGGACCCGGUGACAAAAGGAUUGAAUUUGCAGAUGUGGUAAAAACAAAUCAUUUUUGGGAGACUUUAUUAUUUUAUUUUUUUUUGGUUUAUUUUCUUUAUUUAGGAACGAGCCCAGAUAUUACAGCUAAAACAAACGAGUCCCUUCACUUCACUGUUAAUUGUCCAUACAGUCAAGUACUUAAAAGGAAGAUAAUACAAGGGUUUGUGUUCAUCUUUGGCCCAAUCAGCCAACAUUACCACACACUCAGUGUUCUUGUUCCCUCAUUUUGGUACUCUCCUCACCGCCUGUCCUGUUUGUGAGAUCUCAAGUUUGCAGUGCUCCUUAGCCUUUUUGACUUGACAUCGUCUGAACUCUCACUCAGCGCAGGGAGUUUGGACCACUCAAACAAGCUUCAUUAACAAGACAUGAGUCGCUAAAUAAUGUGCAUAAUGUCCAAUUUACAAUAAAAUGAAAAAGCAUCACUUUCUCCUCCAGUGCUUAUUUUUUAUUAAAAAAAAAAAAAACAGAACCUGACUGUAUUAUAUAACAAGGCACAUUGUAAUAUAUUCCUGUAUGAAACAGCCUGUCUGUCGGUUUGGUGAUUUAUUUCCAUGAGAUUAACUGUAACUCAGUCACAAUUAUGUUGCAUUAAAUGACAAAUUUUCUAUU